AGUAAGAAAGUGAGUCGAAAUGUUUGGGGGAUUAUCCAGUUAUAGAGCUAUCACCACGAGAUACAGAUUAACAAAAAAGACCUUUGUUGAUGUUCCAAAGCGAGCCCUUUUUAAAACUUUAGACAAAUUAAAUUUGUCUUUUUGGAGAAGAAUGCCACAGUCCGCAGUGAUGGAUGCUUUUUUGAGGGGACUGCUCAUGAGAUCUGCAUAUUUCAUCAGACUUUGAUCAUCAGUAUUUUAUGCAGCUCUGACCUCUCAUCUGGGUUGGAACAUCAGUGUUUGUGUGCAUCCUGGAGCUGGAGGAGGUUAAUGGCGAGGUUCCAGUUGUUGCGGGUCAAAGUGAGCUGGACAGCAUUUCUGACUCUGGCCCACUUCACAUACCUGCUGGUUGGGGCCACCAUCUUCCGAAUACUUGAGCGAGAGGCCGAGAGCAACAAUCGAAACCACUUCCAGCUGGAGAAGUUGAACUUCUUGGCCAAUUACACCUGCCUGGAUGGACCAGCUUUGGAGAAGUUUGUUAAGGUGAUAUUGGACGCCAGGGAAAAGGGAGUAAACCCAACAGGCAACUCAACAAACCCCAGUAACUGGGAUUUCUGCAGCUCCUUCUUCUUUGCAGGCACAGUAGUCACAACUAUAGGUUACGGUAACCUCUCCCCCAGCACUGUAUCUGGUCAAGUGUUCUGUGUGUUUUAUGCACUUUGUGGGAUCCCGCUGAACCUGGCCUUCCUCAAACAGCUCGGGAAGUGUCUCACCAUCCACCUGGGCCGACUGGAGAGGGGAAUGGUAUCUGUUGUUCCUCACAAGCAAACAGUGGAGGCUCUGGCUGUGAGCCUGUUCUUCAUCACAGGCAGUCUGCUGUUUCUGGUCAUCCCUCCCCUGCUGUUCAGUUACGUGGAAGGCUGGACAUUUGGAGAGGGAUUCUACUUUGCCUUCAUUACCCUCAGCACCAUUGGUUUUGGAGAUUAUGUGGUGGGGGCAGACCCAGGCAAGCAGUACAUUUCUCUGUACAGGAGCCUUGCAGGUAUUUGGAUCAUUUUCGCCUUGGCUUGGCUCGCCCUCAUCCUCAACAUGGGAGCCAGGAUAAUGGAGUAUGCCAUCGGUCUGACUCAUCCAGGUUUUAAGAAACAGGAGGAGGAAGAGGAGGUGUCAUCCAGUAAACUAGAAGAGUUGUCAAGAAUCUGACAGUGGACUUUGAAAAGGAAAUGUCUGCAUGUACAA